GGUCGACCAGGAUCUUGCUUAGCAAAGAGACUCUCUACUAGGUUAGCCGGUGGCCAGUAUCAUAAUGAUGAUGAUGGGGCUCUUUGGCUCUGAUGUUGAGAGAAAGGAAGGGUUUCUUUCUUUUGUUCUGCAAACCCCCAUCCUUGUCUUCCGCAUUCUGUAUUAUUACCACAAUAACACAGACAUCCUGAAGAGCAGGCGGCAUGUCAAACGGUACCCUUACGGGGUAUUGUGAUUUCUUUCCACUUCGGGUCACCCGCAACCCUUUCACCUUCUGGUUUCCAUG